UGCUCUUGACUGAAUGAGGCAGUCACACACACAGUGCGCAUGUAAAAAUACACAAACUCACUGGACUGAUUAAAGUUCAAGUUUCACCCGAAACGAGUGAAAAUUCAAUCAAAACUGAGGAGAUAAAAUGACGCAGCCGACAGGUCAAAAUAAAGGUUUAAUGGUAUCGCUUUGGAUUACAACCAGCAAAGCACCGCAUAGGUACAGUGAAAUAACGGUGUACUCUUCUGCUAAACUUCACGUUUUUAUCUGCUGGAGUGGGAUGACGAGCUGAAUCAAUCACACACUGUUUAUUGAACGACGCAUAUUUUUCUCUUUGAUUGGACAACCACAGUCACAAUUCGGAAAGGGUGGAAGCAGAGAUGUCGCAUCAUCACAAAAGCAAGAGGGAGCAUAGUCCUCCUGAUAGUCGUCCCAACAUGAGUGAUCUGAGGAUUGUCCUGCUGGGGAAGAGUAUUGAAGAAAACCGCAGAGUUGUAAAUUUAAUCUUAAAUAAAGAAGCAUUUGAAAGGAAAGCGUCCUCAUCUGGUGUGGAGGAGUUCAGUGAAAGAGUAGAGGGCAGAAACAUCACAGUCAUCAGCACAUCUCACCUGCUCAACCCAGAACUCAAACUACAAGCAAUCAUACAGAAAGCUUCAGCACUGUCUUCCCCAGAACCUCAUGUGAUCAUACUGGUGCUGCAGCACAGGGAUUUCAGUAAGAAGCAGAGAGAUCGAUUACUUUCAGUGUUGAACUGCUUUGGUGAGCAGGCAAUGAAGCGCACACUAAUCCUGACUACUGAUGAUGAACCAGGUCAUGCUGGACUGAGAUCUGCACAAGAAAAUGAGUUUAUCCAGGAAAUAUCUACAGAAUGUGGAGGAGGACAUCUGCAGCUUCACAACACACGGCAUUCUCUAUUUAUUAAAAAAGUUGAGGAAAUGAUUUCUGAACAACAGAACUCAACGCUGGACAGCAGAGCAGCAGAUUCUGAUGACAGACAGUUGGUAAAACAGGAAGGCCAUGAAUCAAGGAAAAGCGAAAGUGCAUCUCAGGAAUAUGACAAGAGAGAGCUGAGGAUUGUUCUUCUGGGAAAGAAUGUUUCAGAAAACAGCAGAGUCAGAAACUCAAUCCUGGUAACAGAUGUGGAUGAGCAGCACAAUGUGCUAAACAUAAGUAGAAUGGUGAAUGCCAGACAUGUGGUGGUCAUUAACACUCUUCAUCUGCUAAAUCUGGACACUUCAGAUGAUCAGAUCACGCAGACAGUCAGAGAGUGUGCAGAAAUGUCUGAUCCAGGACCUCAUGCAUUCAUACUUGUACUACAGUACAAAGACUUCACAGAGGACGACAUGACAAGAGUCAAACAUGUGCUCAACACAUUCAGUGAGGAAGCGAUUAACCACACCAUCAUCAUCAUGACUGAUAAAGAGACACACUACUCACACAUGAACACAGCUAUUUCCCAGUUAAUAAAUGUGUGCAGAGGAAGACAUUUGCUGCUUGAAGAGGGGAAACCAGAUUGGCCUGCUGAGAUCUUGAAUAGAGUUGAUAUGAUGCUGAAGUAUACCAAAGAAUAUUAUGUCACUUGUGAGCUAUAUGAAGAUGCUAAAGAAGUGUCUGAGGAAGAAGAGCAGCGCAGAUCUUUGCGUUCAUCCAGAUCAGAAGUAAACAAACAUCUUUCUUAUCACGGUGAUGAUGGAAAAUCCCAACAGAGCAAGAUAAGUGAAGGAACGUUAGAGAGUGAAAGGCGGUGGAGUACAAGUGGUGGUCGUCCUGAAAUGUGUGAUCUAAGAAUCGUCAUUUUUGGAAAAAGUGUAUCGGAAAACAGCCGAGUGAGAAAUUUAAUCCUGGGAAUAGAUAUGUGUGAGAAUGAAGAUCUGGCAGCCCUUACGAGGCACAAUGUGACGCAGAUUGCUGGAACAGUGGAGGACAGACAUGUGAUGGUCAUUAACACUCUUCAUCUGCUGAAUCCAGACACUACAGAUCAUCAGAUCACACAGACAGUCAAAGAGUGUGUAGAUAUGUCUGAUCCAGGACCUCAUGCAUUUAUACUGGUACUACAGUACAAAGACUUCACAGAAGACGACAUGACAAGAGUCAAAUAUGUGCUCAACACAUUCAGUGAAGAUGCACUUAAACACACCAUUGCUCUCACCACUGAUAAAGAGACGCCCAGAUCAAUGUUUAGUGCUUUUAAACUGACUGGAGGCUCUGCUGCGGUGCAAACUAUUCAUCAGUUGAUGAAGGAGUGUGGAGGAGGACAUCUGCAGCUGGAUGAGAGAAAUAAAGCAAAUAUAAUUCAGCUGAUUGAUAAGAUGCUCCAGGAAAACCAGGACGCGUAUCUCACGUGUGACACAUUCAGUGAGGUUAUAGGAACUUCUGUGGAUGAGCCAAUCAGUUUGGAGGAAAAUAACGAGAAAAGCCCUCGCCACAGUGACGAUGGAAACCCCAAAGAGGCACAGAAACUGAGAAGUGAAGAAGGGAGUUUCUCUUACUUUACAGGACAUAGUCCACCAGCGAUUCGCCCCAGUUUGUCUGCAAACCUCACUGUGAGACAGAAGCUGAAUCUGGUGCUCUGUGGAAGUAAUGGAUCACUGAAAGUCUCUGUGUCUAAACUUUUACGUGGAAAAAAGUUCAAAUCAACAAGUAGGCAGGCAAGUAGUGAAAUACGUGUGAAGAAAGAGAAGAUUCACGGUCGUCAGGUCAGUCUGCUGGAGCUUCCAGCUCUCAGUCGUCUCUCAGAAGAUGAAGUGAUGCAUCAGACUCUCCACUGCGUCUCUCUCUGUGAUUCUGAAGUUCAUGCUUUCCUCCUCAUUAUUCCUGCUGGUCCUCUGACUGAUGAAGAAAAAGCAGAAAUAGAGACAAUUAAAAGAACAUUUGACUCUUGUGAGCAAUUCAUAUUAAUGUUCAUGACAAAACAGACUGUUGAAGGACCCGUGACAGAUUUUGUUAAAUUCCACGAAGAUCCUAAAAGAUUGUGCAGUCAGUAUGGUGGCAGAUACAAAGUGAUGGGGUUAAAGGAACUUGAAAAUGCAAAAAGGAUCCUAGAGCUGUUGAAUUACAUAGAGAACUUGAAAACUAAGCCAUAUUCACUUCAGAUGUACAUGACAGCUCAACAGAACAGAGUCAGGGGUGAACUGGAGAAAAAAAUGAGUGAAAUGGAAAAGAAAAUCAAAGACUUGCAGCAGAGGAUUCAGACUGAAGGUUCUGAAGAUGAAACCGAAAAUCAUGAAUGUCUGAGGAUUGUGCUAAUUGGAAGAACUGGAAGUGGAAAGAGCGCAACAGGAAACACUAUUCUUGGAAGAGAGGAGUUCUGCAGCCAGUUAAGGCCAGAUUCAGUGACGAAUGUCUGCGAGAAAGGAGUUGGAGAAGUUGAUGGUCGAUCAGUAGCUGUUGUUGAUACUCCAGGGCUCUUCGACACAACACUGACAAAUGAUCAAGUGGUGGAAGAAAUAGUGAAGUGUGUUUCACUGUCAGCUCCUGGACCUCAUGUGUUUGUCAUUGUGUUGAGUUUGGGAAGAUUCACCAAAGAGGAGACAGACACUAUCGAUCUGAUCAAGAAGAUAUUUGGUACAAAAUCUGCUCAGUUCAGCAUCGUUCUGUUUACCAGAGGAGAUGAUCUCAAUGAGUCUAUAAAUGAUUAUGUGAGUAAAUAUAACUGUGCAGAACUCCAAAAACUGAUCAGAGAUUGUGAAAACAGAUUCCUGGCUUUCAAUAACAGAGAAAAACAAGACAAAACUCAAGUGAUGAAGCUGUUAAAGAUGAUAGAAGAGGUGAAGAGUAAUAAUCAGGGUGGAUACUUCACUAACAGCAUGUUUGAGGAAGCAGAGAUGUCCAUUAAGAAGAGGAUGGAGGAAAUUAUGAAGGAGAGAGAAAGAGAGAUGCAAGCUCAAAAUGAGGCAUUAAAGGCCAAAUAUGAAAUUGAAAUGAACAAUGUGAUGAAAAGACUUGAGGAGGAGAAACAAAGAGCAGAAGAGGAGAAAUUGAAAAUCGAGAAUAAAUUCAGAGAAAAAGAGGAAAAACUAAAGAAAGAGUUUGAAGAGAAGGAGAAAGCAGAUCAGAUCAAGCAAGAGAUUCAACACCAGAAACGGUCAGAAGAGGAAAAACAGCAGAGAGCUGAAUAUCAUCAGAGAAUAGAAGAAAUGAUGAGAGAGAUCGACAAUCAGAGAUCACAGUAUGAACAACAGCAGAAAGAAAGAGAAGAACAAGACAGAAAGAGAGAAGAAAAAUACAGACAAGACCAAGAAAAGAUGAGAAAUGAACAAGAGAGAAUUAUAGCAGAGGUACAGAGAAAACAAGAGGAGGAAAUAAAGAAGAAAUACUAUGAUAAUCAAAAGAGGAACAAGGAAGAAGAGGAGGAAAGACAGAGAUGGGAAAGAAGAAUAAAAGAAGCUGAAAAUGACAGAAAAGAGAUUCUAGAGGAAAUUAAACGACAGCAGAGAGAAUGGGAGGAUGAGAAAAGACGGAGGUUGAGAGAACGAGAGGAAGAAGAAAGAAAAAGAAAAGAGAAACACGAAGAACAACUGAGAGAAAAACAAGAAGAACUGGAGAAAAUGAGAAAGAGAUUUGAAGGAGAAAGAGAAGAAGAACGACAGAAGAUGGAGGAAGAGAGACAGAAACAGAGAAGAGAAAGAGAAGAAAAGGAGAGAGAUUAUGAGGAAAAGAGACAGGAGACAAAGAGACAUUAUGAACGACUGGAACGAGAGAGAAAAGAGGAGUGGGAGAGAAGAAAACAUGAAGAUGAAGAGAGACGAGAAGACGAGAGAAGGAGAUGGAAGAAAAUGAUUGAAGAUCUGAAACGAGAGCAGGAAGAGGAGAAAGGUAGGAGAGAAGCAGAAGAGAAAGUAAGACAAAAGAGAGAAGAGAAAGAGAGAGAUGAAAUGAAACAGAAACAUGAAGAGGAAAUAAAACAGAUAAAGAAGAAACAUGAAGUUGAGGCCAGAAAACAAGCAGAAGAACUGAAUGAUUUCAGAGAGAAAAAAGAGCAGCUCAUUCAGGAGCUUCAGCAGAUGCUGGAAGAACGUCAGAAACAACAUCAGAUACUAGAGAAAAUUUAUCAACACCUGCAAGAACAGAAAGAAGAGGAAAUCAAAGACCUACUACAAGAAGUGGAGAGAAUGAAGAAUAAAUCCAGCUGUAACAUUCUGUGAUGGUCACCUUUUCUGUUUAUAGCUACUGCUUUCUAUUACUAAUGUCAAAUCAGAUUUCUGUUUUGUGCUGCUUAAAAUAUCUCCUCAUCUGACUGUCCUUCCUUUAUAAACGGGAUAUUAGUUGGAGACAUGCUGCUGUAUUUAUACAAAUCAACAAAAAUCACAUCUGAUAUACUGGACCAGGAAUGGGCAAACUUGAUCCUCGAGGGCCGGUGUCCCUGCAGAGUUUUGUUCCAACACUAGUCAAACACACCUGA